UAUAAAAAUGUGACCGAGUUUACAGCUGAUAUUUUUGUUACUUGAAAAAACCAAAAAAUAAAUAAAUUAUUUGUGGUUAAUUAUUUAUCAGUUUUAUUGCUUGAAUAUUUCAAAUUUGUGACUGAUAUUUAUAAAAUUGAUGGUUUUUUUUUGUAAUAAAUAAGUUAUUAAAAUGUAUAUUAAAUUAUUUGACAAGCCAUUUAAUUAUGCCAACGACAUCACCUGUUGUUCGUUUAGAAUGCAAACAAUCAAUAGUGAUUACAUUUUUUAUUAAUCAUUUUUUUUAUUGACAAAUAAAAGUUAUGACAUUUAAAUACUAUGAAUAUAUUAAAAGUUUAUACUGAGUAUUGUGUGAGUGAAAUUUUGAAAUCGAUUUGAAGGCCUGGAUAAGCUAAUGACGGAGACAUGCGACAAAUUUCAGCUUUAUUUCAGUUUCUUUUCACUUAAUCAAAUCUGAAAUAGAAAAUCCCUAUUUCUAUCUACCAAUAUAUCAAACUCAUUUUUUAUAAGAUUUAUACUUAAAAAUAUUAAAACAAAUCAAAGCCAGAUUCUUUUUAGUUAAAAAUUUUGAACAUGUGACUCUAUUCAUGGUGCUGGAGAUCCUAGUCGUCACAUUCUUUCCAUCUCCUUCAUUGUAUUUUCUUUACACAGUGUUUGUUUAUCUGUCAUCCAGCCGUGAGCUAUAUUCAAGAAUAUAAUUCACCCAAGAAUUAGUUUUAAAUUAAUUUUAAAAAAUUCGUACUGAACAGACAAACAAACGAAUAUGAAUUUUUUAUUCGAUUUCUUUUCAUUUGUUUUUGUUAUUUAAUUUUUUUCUUCCUCUUCUAGUGCUUCUCCUUCUCAUUUUAAAAAAAAUUUUUUUUUCAUUUUCUUGCAUUGUCAUCUAAUUUUGAGCUUUGUUCCAAAUUUCAAGUCUCUAGCUCAUCGAGAAGUUACUUUAAAAUCAAUUACAAAAUUCCACCCGAACAGACAUUCAUAAAAGCAUUAUUAUGGUGAAAUAUUAAAUUUACAAAUAUAUACAUCAAACAAUAUAUAUAUCAUAAUAAUAAUAAUGGAGCAGGUAAUACCAACGAGUUGGUUAAAUAAAAUUCUCUUGACUGUAAGUUUGGGAUGUGCAAUAUUUUGUUUAAUAAUAGAACAGUGGUUCACUUUGACAUCAUUAUCUAUAUAUAUUUCAUUAAUAUGGUGUAUAAUUGUGAUAAUAAUAUCAACUUGGUUGAGUUGUUAUCUUUUAAAAUUAACAUUGAAAGCAGUUUCGCCAAUUAACAUCCACCCAGUUGAUAAAAUAAUUAAAAAAAUUUUAAAUAUCGAAUUAGAAACCAACAAAAAGUUAUCAUCUCAAAAUGAUGAAAAUAAAAUAUCUGAUAAAUCAAAUGAUAUAAAUAAAAUAAUAACUGAAAUAAAUGACAAAUUUAUUGACACCUGGUACGCAAUUAUCAGUAAUGACAGAACAUUUAACGACGAAUCAAAAAAAAUUCUCAAAACACUUUUCGAAAAAGUUUACAGCAAAAUAUUACUAAUAAAUAAAAUAAAACUAUCGCAUAAAUUUGCUGAUAUUUUGCUACUGCAUUUGAAAGAAUAUCGACGCGCGUUACGUCGAGUUGACAAGGGCAAAGCCAAAGACAUUGAAGAAGCCUACAGAUGUAUACAUCCAGGAUCUCGCAGUAAUUCAACACUAGAACACACACUGCAUCGAAUUGUAAAAAUUAUCAUCCGCGAAUUUAUCCAGUGGGAAUUGACAAAUUCUUUACCAUGUAAAUUAUUAUUAUCAAUACUUGCCAAAAAGUUAUCUGUUGUUUUGCAUCAAGUGUCUGUACCUCAGUGGAUUUUUAUUAGAAUAAUUAAAUAUUUACAAUUUACUGAUAAUAAAAUAUCUAGAGAUACUGAUAGGGGAAUAGUAUCUCAAGGUUUAAGUACAGGAAUAACUUCAGCGACAGCUGCAGUAAUAAAAAGACAGUUGCCAAAUCCAGUAUUAAAUGAUAACAACCCAAUAAUUGAGAUAACUUCACCUAAAAUAGUAACCUCGUGUAAAAAAAACGACAGGAUAUCUCUGUGUCUUGAUGGACUGUCGACAAUUGGGCACAAGGGAUUGUGGAAUGAUUUGAAUGAUGUAAUAGAUUAUGAUACUAAUGACAAGUACGACGACGAUGACGACGAUCAUAUAUCACCAGUGUAUGAAGAGCCGACGGACUUCGCGACGACAAUCGCACGUCUGAGAAAUUUACUCCAACAAAAAUCGACAGUCAGCACUCCGUUGCCUGUCGAAGAAAAAUCUUUUGCGUACGAUAACCAGUUUGUUAACUUAGCGAUACCUUGGACUGAGUUUCAUACAUCGACUGAUGGCUCACAGCAGUUGUUGUACUGCAUACAAUUUGAUGACGUUGAACAACAUGGCGAAGAUAUGUUUGAAACAACGAUCGCGACUGUGAGAAGACAGUACGCGGACUUUGUCCAACUGCACAAGAGUUUAGAAGAGUUAUCAAAUUAUUCUUCAGUUAUAUCAGACAUUCGUUUGCCAGAUGGAGGUCGUGUGGAGAUGGAAAGUUAUUUGAAGACACUCUGCUGUAAACUGUCACCUGACAUUCCAACGCAGCUGAGACAUUUCUUGAGACCAAAUAGCGGAGGCAGUAAAAAAGCGGACGCAGUUGCUCCGAGGUUCGAUAGAUUUUUAGCUAAGACAGUCACUGGAGUCUUCAAUACUUUGAGAACUGUGGUACCGGGUUUUGAAAUGGAUCAGGAAGAUGACAGUGUUCCGAUGCCGACACUCAUGCCUUUAUCAGACAUUCCAUGGAGGUUUGUUGAAGAUAUUAAAUCGAACAAAAUUACUGAUGAGUUGGAGAUGCUGUUAGCUGAUAGAGUAGAUUAUUGUUCUGUUGACACUGCGUACGAAGCUGUUGAGUCUAUUGAGGCUGAUGGGGAAUCUGAACUGUUGUCACAUUGGCUGGAAAUAGUUAACACUCCGUAUGAUGAAGAACUUGAGGAGUUAGAUAGUAAAUUGACUAUGUCUUGUAUAGGCAUUGAUUUAAUUUGUGAAAUUUUAGCUGGUGUUGAUAGUAACAAUACUCUGAGACAGGAAACUGUCGUAAGAUGGACGAAAUUAUUUUUUGGUAGCAUUACUGAGCCAUUAAUUAGUCAGUAUAUUUUUAAAUUUUAUAAUAAUUUAAAUUUGAUGUCGGUAUUUUCUAAUGAACAGGAUGAUAAUUGUAGUGAAGACAUUGAUGUUGUUGAAGGGAAAUUGUUUGGGAUACUGGAGUCAAAAAUAUCAAGUGAAUUAAAAUUUAUUUUUGGGGAAAAUGAUGUUAAAAAAAUAAUUAAGUUUUUAUUAAAGUCAUUGGAAUGUCAAAAAGUAAAUCUUGAUUUGUUGCUGCAAAUUGUUGAUAUUUUAGCAUCAGAAUUGUUGGCUGCGUCGAAAAUUAAUGAUGAUAAUUUGCUAUCAUAAAAUAAUUGUUAGAGGUUUAGUUUAUUUUUUUAUAAACUUAAGGGGGAAGGAUCUGAGAUACGAAAAAAAAUAUUUUGGGAUUUUUUUUUGAGAGUACGUUCUUUAUUAAAAUUUUGAAAAUUUGUGACAUUGUUAAGCGACAUUUGAAGAGUAUUCUCUGAAAUUUUCAUAAAAAAAUAUUGAAAAAUGAGCCAGUGGUAGUGGGGAGAGACGAGUUAUAAGAAAAGUCUCUAUGCCGUAGGCGGGAUAAUUUAGGACUUUUAUUUAAAAUCAAAAAACCAAAAAGAUUUCUUGGGUACAUAUAAGUUUAUGUUAGAUUUGGGUAAGGUUGCGAAUUCUUUAAUGAGAAUAUUUGCAAUUAAAAAUUAAAUUUUUAAUCCGUAAUUGAAAUUAUAUCGAUUAAAAUUACGAAAUUAAUUUUUAAUUCAACAACUUGAAUUGAAAAAUUAAUUUUAAUUCAGAAACGUUGAGAUUAAAUAUUAAAAAAUUAAUUUUAAUCCAAAGACGUGGGAUUCAAAAUUUAAAAAUUAAUUUAACACGUGAAAUUAAAAAUCGAAAAACUAAUUUUUAAUCAGACAAGUGAAAUUAAAAACUGAAGAAUUAGUUUUUAAAUUGACACGUGGGUUUAAAAUUUCAAAAAUUAAUUUUAAUUCAGAAACGUGAGAUUAAAAAUUAAAAAAUUACUUGUUAAUGCCAACACGUGGGAUCUAACAUUGGAAAUUACUUCUUAAUUUAGAUACGGUACGCAAUCAGAUAAGUAAUCAAGACAAAAUAUUUGACGACACAUAACAGGAAAGAAUACUGUUUUACUUAACAUUCAAGAUUAAAUAUUUUUAAACUUACUCUUGAUCGUCACGUACAACAAAAUUUGAAAUAAAAAGAUCAUUCAUAGGUGAGAAAUUUAAGAAUUAAAUUUUUCGAAUAAUUUUCAGUGUAAACAGUGAAUUUAAAAUUAAAACAACACUAAGCCGAUGUUGUCAUAAGUAGGGUCAGGAUUUUUGCGUUAAUUUAAAAAUAUUUAACAAUAAGUGGUGUGAAGUUUUUUAUAUUACGGGGAAAAUAUUGGUCGUAUUCAAAAAGUUUUUAAACAAAAGUUGUAGAAAAUUUAAUUUUCGAACAGAAAUGUCUCUUAUAAUUUUUUCUUAGGACUACUAAGAAAGCCGUAAUUUCGAAAUUAAGAUUUUCAUAAUUAAUCAAAUUUUGAAUCAUUCAUUAUGAAUCUUAAUUUUUGAAUUGCAGUGAAAAUAUUGGUCGUAUUCAAAAAGUUUUUAAACAAAAGCUGUAGAAAAUUUAAUUUUCGAACAGAAAUGUCUCUUAUAAUUUUCUCUUAGGACUACUAAGAAGGCCGUAAUUUCAAAAUUUAGAUUUUCGUAACUCCCAAAAUUUUGAAUCAUUCAUUAUGAAUCUUAAUUUUUGAAUUACGGUGAAAAUAUUGAUCGUAUAAAAAAAUCAUAACAGACAUUUUUUUUUUAAAUCAAAUUUCCUACAACUUUUGUUCGAAAACUUUUUUAAUAAGGCCAAUAUUUUCGCUGUAAUAUCAAAAAUUUGAACUACUCAUUUCAAAAAUAAAACAAAAAUCAUGUCCCGUCACGAGUUAUUCUGCCUACGGCAUGGAUACUUUUUUUAAGUGCCUCGUCUCUCCCCACCACCACUGGCUUAUUUUUCAAUGUUUUUUAAUAAAAAUUUCACAGAAUACUUUUGAAAUGCUACUUAACAAUGUCACAAAUUUUGAGAAUUGUAAUAACGAACCCUGAAAAAAAAUUUACAUCCUUUUUUUUUUGUAUCUCAGACCAGCUUCCCCUUGACGAGAAAAAAAAACGAAUUAUAUCAGUAUGGAAUAACGAUGUCUACGUACCUGAUUGCACUGUUAAGAGAAAAUGGAGCCGCUAUUACUUUAAUUACCGUAGCUGUAAUUAAGUGAUUAUUACCUUGUACUGUUUUAUUUUGAAUCCAAAAAUUUAUUUCCAUUUUCUCUAUAGUCAUUUAUUGUCUUUAUUAAAAA